AUGCAAAGAGGUUACAUGAAGAUCUCUUCAAACGUCAUGAAUCUGGAACUUUUCAAAGACACCUUGUCGCCAUCUCGAAUCUUUGCCCAGAUUGUGCUCCUUCAAUGCACCUACUACAUAAUUGCCACUUUACUUUUUUCAUUCACAGCGUCGCUUUUCGGGUACCAAUUCACAUUCAACUGGGUGUUCUCGUGGCAGCUUGUUGAUAUUUCCAACACUUUGGGGCUUGUCCUUUUCUUUCUAUGGUUGCUCGAUACUUUACUUUGUGUGCUCUUCAUGACAAUUAUUGUUGGGCGCUCUAAAUUAGCCUGGGACUUCGCGCUUACUGUCCAUAUGAUUAACUUGUUUGUGGUAUGGUUAUACUCGAAAGAAUUCCCAAGUAGCUUUUGGUGGUGGGUAUUACAGAUAACCAGUUCAGGAAUCUUGGUAUUUUUGGGAACUUAUACCACAAGAUGGAGAGAAUUAAGACAAACGUUCUUUGAUGGGUUGGUUGACAGCGAAUUGGCCAGUAACCAAAGGUCGUCCCGAACUGACGAUAUUGAAAUGCAAGCAAUGGAGAACCACCAUAAUGAAGAAACCACUAAUUAA